GGCCCGCGGCGUCCAAUGGGCCGCGCGGAGCGUCACUUCCCGCGGCGGCGGGGGGCGGGGGGCACCGGGGGCGGGGCGGCGGCGGCGGCAGCGGGAGGGACCCACGCGGCGCCGGGCCCGCUGGCCUGCAGCUCCCACCGCGGCGGCGGCACGAUGCCCUUUGACUUCAGGAGGUUUGACAUCUACAGGAAGGUGCCCAAGGACCUUACGCAGCCGACGUACACUGGGGCCAUCAUCUCCGUCUGCUGCUGCCUCUUCAUCCUCUUCCUCUUCCUCUCGGAGCUCACCGGAUUCAUAACCACAGAAGUGGUGAACGAGCUGUACGUCGAUGACCCGGACAAGGACAGCGGGGGCAAGAUCGACGUCAGCCUGAACAUCAGCUUACCCAACUUGCACUGCGACCUGGUCGGGCUGGACAUCCAGGAUGAGAUGGGCAGGCACGAAGUGGGGCACAUCGACAACUCCAUGAAGAUCCCGCUGAGCAACGGGGCCGGCUGCCGCUUCGAGGGCCAGUUCAGCAUCAACAAGGUCCCCGGCAACUUCCACGUGUCCACACACAGCGCCUCGGCCCAGCCCCAGAACCCGGACAUGACCCACGUCAUCCACAAGCUGUCCUUCGGGGACACGUUGCAGGUGCAGAACGUCCACGGAGCUUUCAACGCGCUGGGAGGCGCGGACAGACUCACCUCCAACCCCCUCGCCUCCCACGACUACAUCCUGAAGAUCGUGCCCACGGUUUACGAAGACAAGAGCGGCAAGCAGCGGUACUCUUACCAGUACACAGUGGCCAACAAGGAGUACGUCGCCUACAGCCACACGGGCCGCAUCAUCCCUGCCAUCUGGUUCCGCUACGACCUCAGCCCCAUCACGGUCAAGUACACAGAGAGACGGCAGCCCCUGUACAGGUUCAUCACCACGAUCUGUGCCAUCAUCGGCGGGACCUUCACGGUAGCUGGCAUUCUGGACUCGUGUAUCUUCACCGCCUCGGAGGCCUGGAAGAAGAUCCAGCUGGGCAAGAUGCACUGACCACCUGCCCGCCCGGCCGGCCAGGACCCUGGGCAGUGCCAGCCCCGCCUCCAGCGCCCCGUCUCCCCUGCCCUCUGUCUGGCCCAGGAUCUGGCUGCAUCCCAAAGUGGGGGUGGGGUGGGGGGAGGUAGCAGGUGGCUCAUGGCUCUGAAGCUACCUCUCUUCCCCAUGUUCAAUGUUAGAUGAAUUACGCUAAUGUCCUUUCCCCCGGGGGCCCCCUAGACCAGAGUCAGGCAAGGGGUGCUCGGGGAUGUUGGGGGCCACUCCUGGGAGGGCUGCGCUCCCUUCUCUCUUGUGGGACCAGCCCAGAUUCCUUGCGGACCAGCUCUCCGCCAGGCUUUGACAAUCUCUCAGCCCCCACCUCUUGGACGCACAAAUCCCUCGGUUUCCCCCACGGGCAGCCACCCGCAGGCCUGGCCUCGGCUCUGGGCCAGGCUGCCCAAACGCACCCUACCUGGAGCCUUCAACGAAGGAUGGUACUUCCCAGGCCGCCCCUGGGCUGUGGCGCUGGAGGGGGAACCCUCCCUUCAGCCACACCCUCUGCUGCCUGGCCCAGAGGCCUCACCCCACAGCUCUCUUUCUCUCCUCCCGAGUCACUGGGCGGUGGCGGGUUCCCCUUCCUCCACUCACCCCCCUCCUCUGGACCCCCACCGACGUGCCUCAGCCCCCCGCUGUGUGACAGCAGCGUCUCUGGGCGGAGGGGCUGGCUGUGACUGGAAUCGCCCUUUGAGAACCAGACAGGGUUUGUGCACCGGGUCAGGCGGGGCGCCCCUUUCUCUGCGGCCCUAAAACAAUCAUGUUGCGGCCUCUCCUCGCGGCUGCCAUCGGUCCCAAGGCCUUAGGAGGGGGAAGCAAAGCUGAUCCUCCCUUCCCCGUCUGGACGUCCACCUCCCGGCUGUGGAGGGACUCAUGCCCAUGGCCCUCACUGCAGCCUCAGGGUAGGCCUGUGGCCACUGAGCUUCCCAGGGGCUGGCCACACACCACGUUCCUGGUCCCUGGGGCGGUUCCACGGUCCCCCCACUUGCUCCUGAGGUGGGUCCCUUCCCCCUCCUCCCCUCUCAUCCUUCCCCUUCUGUCCUAAAAGGGAGGGCAGGGUCCAGGCGCCCUCCCCUGGGAAUUUCAGGUAUGCCCUGUCCCGGGGAGACGCAGUUGGCUUCCCAUUUAGACCAAGAUGGUUCGCAUACUUCUGUGAUGAAGGGGCGUGGGGGCCAGGAGCUGGAACUAUCUGUAGAGAGAGCUCGCGUCUCUGCUGUUUGUAAUCCUUGGCUCUGAAUUCCAGGAGAGCAGCUUCGCCGCUUGCGUAUGCGUUGACUGACGUGUGUUCGGUUAUUUCUGGUAUCUCUGACCACUUAGGUGGAUUUUUAAUUUUUUUUUUUUACACAUUCUGUUCCCCAGUGAC